UUUGAGCAUAAGUUUUUGUGAGCUACAGCUCACUUCAUCGGAUGCAACUCCUUUUCUUUUUGCGGAUACAGACUAACACGGAUGCUACUCUGAACCUGAACAAAAUGAACAUUCAAAACCUUAAUAAAUUUUUUCCAGUUCUGCCUGCAAACUAAAAAAAAAAUCAUUAUUGUUCAUCUCCAAUAUUGGGUCCAUAAGCUAAAUCAAAUUAAUAAUAGUACAUUGAAUAAUGAUCAUGUUUAGCAUUUACAUACUAAGGAACAGAUGGUAAUCACCUUACUCACAUUGGUGAUUGCUCACUGAAAUAUAUAAUUAAGACAAUGAGACUACAUGUAUGAGAAAGUGUUCACCAGUCUGAAUAAGGGAUUCACAAUGUAGUGCUGAACCACCAAAACAUAUAUAUACGUACUGUAUGCCACACUGUGAUGCUCUUACUCACAAUGAAUAAUCUUACUCAUGAGACCACACAGGGAGUAGGAUAGAAAUCCCAAUCUAGUCCUUUAUUAUUAAUUUUAUACAGUCAAUGGAACUAUCCACAGCAAUAUGCAUUACACCUAGCAGCGUAUCAGGAUCAGCCCUUUAUAGUUGAAGCAAGGUAUAAAUCUAAUGAUGGACUAAAAUGGAAAACCUAAGACUGCACUAGGUAUAGCAUUGUAUCAAAAGUACCAUAAACACAACAGAAUUUCACAUACCUUCUGUAUCACAAAUUUCUAACCAUAAAUAUAUUUAUUUUUUGUAAAAUCACACUCUGGAUUGAAAUUUGCCUAUUUUACCCAAGGAGCCCAAUCCUACAGGUGUUCAUUGCUUUAAAUGAUAAAACAAAAGCAUACAAAGCACAAGAAUUUAGAAGUGAGGGGAUGAAGAAAAAAAUGCUCAUUUAGAGCAAGAAGAGUGGCUGGAUGUGACAUUGCACUCUGUGAUGGGAUUCUGUUUUUAUUUCUUUAGUCAAUAAAUUCAGAAAAUUAAAAAUCACCUGGUGUUAUAGUAUGAAAAUUGCAACACAUUGAAAUUAUGUAGGAUUAUCAUUCUCCUCUCAUAUACAUUGAGUUUCAUUCCAUUCUAUAUUAGUGGGUUUCCCUGUCUCUAUAUUGACUCUAAAGUAUGUAAAGGACUAUAUUUAUUUCCUCCCCCCCUCAUCUGUGUUCUGACAGGCAAUGAAAAUGAAAAACAUUUAUUUUGUGGCUGGAUUGCUUUUAAUGAUCAUUCAAGGCAGCUGGCAAUCCUCUUCAAGACCAGAAGAGAAAUCCAGAUCAUUCAAAGCUUCCCAUACUGAACCAUUAGAAGAAUCUAGACAGCUGAAUGAAGUAAAACGUCAUUCACAAGGCACAUUCACCAGUGAUUACAGCAAGUACUUGGACACUAGACGAGCAGAUUUUGUGCAAUGGUUAAUGAGCACUAAAAGAAGUGGACAACCGGCACUGGAGGAGAGAGAGAAUGAAAAAUUCCUGGACCAGCUUUCAAGCAAUGGACUCUCGAGGCGUCAUGCUGAAUUUGAGAGGCAUGCCGAGGGCACCUACACCAGUGACAUCACCUCUUAUUUGGAAGGUCAAGCUGCCAAGAGGUUCAUUGCUUGGUUAGUGAACGGACGAGGAAGAAGAGAUGUCUUCUCAGAAGAAGCUAAUGCAGCUGAGACUGACAGAAGACAUGCAGAUGGCACUUUUACCAGUGAUAUCAACAAAAUCCUCGAGACAUGAGCUGCCAAAGAGUUCUUAAAAUGGCUGCUUAACACAAAAGUUACCCAGAGGGACCUUUGGGGAGAAUACCAGUAAAAGUACAAAAUUAUAUGGGACAAGUCAAGAUCUUCUUCACUACAUCAGCGCUGGUCCACCAGGGAAUUCUGAAAUUUGUGUUCUAUAAAUUAUAUUAGAGCCAUAGUGCUUUGGCAUGCCAAGAAAUGAUUUUACUAUAGUGGAGUGUUGCCAAAGGAUUAUAUAGGAAGAAGAUGUUAUCAAAAGGACACACAAAGUAACAACUUUAAGAAUAUAAAAAGCUGCCUCGUCUUCAUAUUUUCCAUUUAUUUAGGGCCAAAAUAUCUCUAACGUACAGUUAGCAAUUAAAUUAUUUUCUAUGACAUCACUUGUACAUAGGGUGAUCCAAACACCAAAUAUCUGCAUUAUUAAAAGGGGCUGGCCAGGCACCAAUGUCUGAGAAGUGAACUUCUUUCUUGAAACCUUGUUAUAAAGGCUAACUUUCAGGAUAUUAAUGAUAGCCUUAAAGUAAAUUUUAUUUUCAAGCUUC